AUGCCUUUGUUUAAAUCAUCCGAUAUACCCGACUUGACUGGCCGUGUCGCUAUCGUCACCGGUGGUAACAGUGGCCUUGGAGAGGUCUCGUGCCUCGAACUUGCGCGCAACGGUGCCAAGGUCUACAUGGCUUCUCGUACCGAGUCCAAGGCACAGGAGGCCAUCCAGAAGAUCAAGCAGGCCAUACCAAAGGCCGACAUCCACUUCUUGCAGCUCAAUCUGACCGAGCUCGCAGCAGUCCGUAAAGCUGCCGAGGACUUUUUGUCGCGCGAACAGCGCCUCGACAUUCUCCUCAACAACGCCGGUGUCAUGGCCACUCCUUACACCUUUACCAAGGAUGGCAUCGAGCUCCAGGUAGGAACAAACGUUGUGGGUCACUACCUUUUCACCAUGCUACUCUUGCCUACGCUGUACAAGACGUCCAAGCUGCCCGAAUAUUCUGCGCCUGACUCGCCCUCCGUUCGCAUCGUCCAGGUCUCCAGCUUGGGCCAUGUUGCCUCUCCCUCCGACACGAGCUUCAAGGAUCUCGAAGCGGUCAACAAGCAACACUGGCCUGAAGUUAAGGGCACCUGGGAUCGGUACGGCAAGAGCAAGUUGGGCAACAUCCUGAUUGCCAACGAGCUCUCCAAACUUUUGCCGAAGGACGCUCGCAUUACCAGCCUUUCCAUUCAUCCUGGUGUCGUGCGAACGGGACUCUUGCGUGGUCCCAAUGAAUCGUACGGCAAGAUCAUUGGCAGUGUGAACUCACUCUUGAGUCGCUUCUUCACCGCUGCCGAGGAUGGAGCUUUGACCCAGCUCUAUGCCUGCACUUCACCCGAGGUGGAUCGACUCAACCUCAACGGAGCUUACCUCGUACCUGUUGCCAAGUUGGGUCAGAAGAGCAAGCUGGCUCAGGACACCGACGGCAGACUCGGCCAAGAGUUGUUCAGCUUCUGCAACAGCUUUAUAAAGGAAAAACUCGACCUGGAUCUGCCGGCUCAUCUCAAAGAAAUUGGCGUUCAACUUCCUCAGAGCCACCUCUAA